GCGUGCCUGCAGCAGGAGAUGCGCCUCGGGCUCCAGGCAGCUUCCAGAGAAGCGAAGCCCCGCCGCGCCGCCCUUUCCAGCGGCUUCACCUCGGCCUUGGGUGGGAAGGGGAGAGCAUAAGCAUCCCGGCGUGGACUGCCUUGGGCCCCGUCAGGCCCUGGCUGCUUCUAGGCAAAGCUACGCUGCCCGCCCGGCGGCGCGCAACAAGAAAGCCGUCGGUGGGGGAAGUGCGCGCGCCCUCCUUGGCCGCCCACGCUCCUGGAAGGUUCGGGCGGGUUCCGGAGGUGGAGGGGGCGCGCGGGCGGUUGCCAUUCCCACCUUGCCAUCCCCAGGGCCGCGGUGUGAGAGGUUUUUCCUCUGGAAGGGCGGCGCCAGGCGGCGAGGGGCUCUUCACACCGAAGCGGGAGCGGGAGCGGGAGAGGCUGCGGCAGCCUUUCGGCCAGCAGGAGACAAGGCAAGGUGCCCCUCAGCAUCCUGGGACCCUUCUCUUCCACACAGCCUUCCCUUCUGCUCAUUCCGCAAUCCGCCCCCCCCCCCAAAGCAGAGCAGGAUUAAGACCUUGAGAGAACCCAAGCACUUGGGAGGUUGGGGUGUUCCCAUAUUAUAUAUGCAUCUAGUUCAAAAUAUAAACAACAAUAAACCAUAAAAUGAAACGAAAUGAAGUGAAGUGAAACCUACAGUAAAAUGGAAAAUAAGGCUUAUUUUUGUGUAAAUGUAAAGGUAAAGGGACCCCUGACCAUUAGGUCCAGUCGUGGAUGACUCUGGGGUUGCGGCGCUCGCUUUUGGCGAACCAGAGCAGCACACGGAAAUGCCGUUUACCUUCCCACCAGAGCGAUACCUAUUUAUCUACUUGCACUUUGACGUGCUUUUGAACUGCUAGGUGGGCAGGAGCUGGGACCGAGCAACGGGAGCUCACCCCAUUGCGGGGAUUCGAACCGCCGACCUUCUGAUCAGCAAGCCCUAGGCUCAGUGUUUUAACCCACAGCACCACCCGUGUCCCUAUUUUUGUGUACUUCCACUUUACUUGUAUUUGGGGUGGGGGGUGGGAUCCUCCCCACUUUUCUAAUUGCAAAGUCCUCGAUAAGAUCUUCAAAACUAAUGUUACAUUCCAUUCCAUACUUAGUAGAGAUAAGGCAUCCAGCCUGGUAGGGGUGCCAACUUGAAUAAAAUAUGGGGGCGCAAGUAAGCCCUUCCCUGCAUAAUCGACCACAUAAUGCAGUGCACAUUAUGCCAUUUAAAUGGCAAUGCCCCUCAGUUUUGGUGGAGCACAGUGCCCUCAAAUAUUUUAUUGGGGGUGGGGCUGAAGACCCCUUGGCCCCUAGGACUUGGCUCCUAUGCAGCCUGCCUUGUUUGUAGUUGUUCUGUUGAGAUUUUCAAUACACUUCAACUGAGAAAAUGAAUGCUCAGCAAUUUGUGGCCGUUAAUGUUAAAAAUCUAGCAAUGGAAUACUGCCGUGGUGCCCCCUUCCUUUGAUGCCCUAAGCACAUGCUUAUUUUGCUUAAUGGUUAAUCCUGCCCUGCCCUGAAUUCCAGGAUGGAGGAAUGGUGAGCGACGCACCUGGUGCCUGGAACUGCCCCUACCCACCUUCUGCCCCAAAUUUACUAAUAGUAAGCAGCAGUACAACUGCUGGACUGGGAACUGUGGCAUCACCUAAUAUAUCUUAUUGUGCUGCCUUUGGCCCAGCAAGGGCACUGGCUGCUUCUUGUUCUUUCUGUAGCAUCAUCUGUGCACAUGGUGCUUUGCAAAGGUCAGGUGUGAGAGGUUCCCUGUCCCAUGGGGCUAAGAAGGAAGCCAACAGCAGCAGAAGUAGGGAAAUGGUGGAGGAAGGGGAGGGAAAACCAGGCAGGGUUAAAUAGAGGAUUAUUUCCAUUGCACAUACUUUGUAUUCGUUACAGUAAAUGUAGCAUUGGCUACACACACACACACACACAACUGGCCUAAAAUGUAGCCAGGUUUGUUUAUUUAUUUCUCAGUUCAGAUCAGAACUGAUUUGGGGAAGAACACAUCAGAACACAGUAUUUCCUAAGAAAUGGCAGGAUAGAUAUUACUGUGACUAACAUUGUUGUGGGUAUACCGCAUCCCAAACCAGUGGUGGGGGGACACAGUGGAUGCAGAGUAAAUGGGAGUGUGUACAUGACCACUGUUUCUGGAAGAAGUUGCCUUUUGUUCUUCUGAAGAGCUGUUCUGGAGCUGACUAAAGGCUCCUCUAGUCCAGUAUCUUGAGACCGCAGCAGAGCCAGCCAAAUGCUUCUAGGAAUUCUUCAAGCAGGGAACGAAGGCAUCCACCCUUCCCUCAUCAAUUGAGACCCCAGCAAUUGUUACUCAGGCAGUGCACUGCCUUUGACAUGGAGCUUCCAUUUAGCAAAGAUAGCUAAUAGCGGUUGGUACACCUAUCUUUUCAGGACCUGGCUACAUAAAGCCUUUUAAAUAUAAUCAGAGAUCUAGUAGCCAUCAACACAUCUUGUAGCAGCAAAGCCUAUUAGUUAACUAUGUAUUGUGGAAAGAUGGGCUACCUUUAUUUUUGUCUUGAAUGUACCUCCAGUCUGUUCUACCAAAUGAUCCAUAGUUCUAGAAUGAAGGGGGGGGGAGCUUCUGUCUUCUUCUCAACACAAUUAAUAACGUAGUACAUUCCAGCUCUUCUCUAUCUCCAUCAUUUGAUGAAAAAAAUGCAGAUUCCAUGGUAAGUGGAUAUCAGCAACAAAGACAAACUAGGCAGUUAUUAUAUUAGGGAAAAUGGAGAUAAAUUUGGGUUUUAAAAAGUCAGUACAAGCCAAACUGGGGGGUAAAGUGUCCUUAGAGAAUAAAGCCCCAUCUUCAGGUGCCAUAAUUUCCUCCAGUUUCAGAUCCUGCUGUUUGUUUUUAAUGUUACUUAUAUUGACUACCUGCCUUCAAAAAAAGAGUUUAUUUUCUUGUUAUGUUUUAUUGCUUUAAUCCUUGUUGUGUUCCACCUUAACAGUCUUUACAUUAACAGUUAGCAGUUACCAUAUUGGAAGGAGUGAGGGCUUGGUACUACUGCAAAAAUAACAGGGCAGGAAAGCAAACUUGGAACUAUUCUAUUUUAUCUUAACAACAGCCUGUGAUAAUUGCUAACAAUUUAUGACUUCCACCAGCAACCAUUCUUAUAAAAUGUUGAUUAUCUAUAGACUACAGUGCAACCUCCAUAAACAAGGAGGUAAGUUGUGCAUCCUUCAAAGCCCUGGGUUUUUGUUUGUUUGUUUUUUAGUAUUGAACUGGGUUCCUGGAGAAACAUGAUGCGUGCACAAAAUCCAAGCUGUUUUUACAAAUGGGAUUUUCCACUUCUUUAUGUAAAUUCAUGUUUUUGGUUUUUGAAUUUCAGGUAAAUGUUUUAUUGAUUACUAGUAUGGUGAAUCUUCUGCACCAACCAGAAAUCAGCAUAGGGUCUUAUUUGUUCUGCACCUACUAGCCAAUAGCUUUUGGUAAUGGAUAUAGGCCAAGGGAUUACCAGUGCUAUAAAAAAGCAAAAACGAAGAGGUUCCAAGAAAAAAAGAUUAACUUUUGAAGAUGAGGUGCCUAGAAUUGAAAAGCAUCUAAAACCAAAGGCGAUACCACCUCAAGUAUUUAUAGGAAAGGGCACUGCCUUUCUUUCUUUUGGCUUCAGAUUAAUUAAGAGCUACACCCAGCAAGGUUUAGAUAUCAUUGGAGCAACCUAUAGUAACAGGAGCAAACGACUGGUGUUGUUAGAUGGGAAAGGAUUUUUCAGUCUGGAUUUGCUUCCUACUAAUCGUUUGGUUAGAAGAGAGUUGGAGUUUCCAAAGUCUCAGCUCAGCUCGGCAAGAAUCAUCACUUACUCUGAAAAGUAUAAUGUCUACUUUGUUCUGCAAAAAGAUUUCUCAAUUAAGGUUUACAACAGGAAUUAUACUGAGACUUGUUCAGCAGAAAAUCCAGGUUUUGGACGGUUAACCUUUAUAUCAUUCAACCCAGUGAGAGAUGAACUCAUCGGUGGAGGAAUCAGGGGAGUAAAGAUUUGGAAGUUUAAAGAAAAGAGGAUCUCAGAAGAAUCUAACAUCUUUCCAAUGUGCAAUUAUGGCCUUUUCCCCAGUAGAGAAUAUCCACACAUGGGGAAAAGGUGGUGCACAAAUAUGGAUUUUGAUGUCCUUAUGCAAAGAUACUACUGCUUUUCUGAAUGCCAUUUCACCUGCUACAACAUCAAAGGGAAAAUGCUAUUCGAGAUCCCAAAUGCACAUACAACCGAAAUUACCUCUUGUGUCUACUCAUCUGACGUUAACGUUUUGGUUACUUCCUGCAAAGGCAAUGAAAUAAAAUCUUGGAGUGACCAAGGCUGCUUGCUGCACACAUUUCAAGGUCAUUCCAAAACUGUCACAAAGCUUCUGCUGCACCCAAACUCUACCUCUUUAUUUAUCUCUGGAUCUCUAGAUGGAUCAGUCAAACUCUGGUCAUUUGAUACAAUGGAACUUUUUUACAGCAUAUCACCAUUCAAAGAAGGAAUACGUUGGAUUGGCACAGUGGAUGAUAAUUUUCUGUACUGCUGUUCUCCCCGCAAUCUUCAUAUAUAUGAUCUGAAUUCAUUUACUACCUUUUGGACUCGUUUCAACAGUCCGAUAACUAAACUCUACGUCUGUAGUGCACAUGAGAAGUCCAGCAGGGUGGUUGCUAUGGGUGCUGACAACAGUUUAAGAAUAUUCUCACUUCAAGAUGGGGAAAAGUUAUGCACAGUUCUGCCACCUCCUUAUCCGCCUCUGAUCCAGCCAGUUCUAAGUUUUACCUACAACAGAGCCAGUGGAACUGUUUUCUUCCUCCUGACACCUUCAGAAAUAUGGGUCUACACAGUAAGGACUAAUCCGGCAUGUAGAGCAGCAGUAUGGACUAUAGGAGAGCUACAACAACACUUGCAUAGGAAACAUCCCCUUGCCUCCUGUAUUCAGAAGAAUGAAAUUUUUCAACAUACUCGAAAAAGAAAUUUCAGGACUUCACUGAAAUGCGAAUGCCUCUGCAGCUUGUCUUCGCCAUUGUGCUACUUGAUAGAUGAAGGAGUGGUGUUUGCAGAUAAUCAGGAAUUUCUGGUUCUCGGCAUGCAGGAUGGACGAAUUCUAUUUCUCCAUACAUCAGUACAGAAUUUGGUUUAUUAUGAAAUGACUGCUUAUACAGAUCCAGUGGUCCAUUUAAGACACGAUGUGGCCCAUCAGCAGCUAAUAAUUAUGUGCCAGAGCCCAAGAUGCAAACUGAUACACUUCAGAAGCUUACCUGGUCUGGAGCUCGUUUCGCAAGUGAACACAGGAAACGAUACCAUUGUUUUUACAAGGCUUAGCAAUUCACUCUUCAUUGGUCUGACAUCUGGAAGUGUGGAUGUUUUAAAUAUAAAUAUAAAACAAGACAACAAAACAACUUUGUAUGGAAAAGGUGUGAAAUAUCAUGGAGAGAAUGAAGAAGAAGAAGAAGCUUUCUCAGACAAGUACCACAACGGCCCUGUACUGGCAGUGGAUUCCUGCAAGAAUUAUUCUCUCUUUUUAAGUUGCGGUUCAGAUUCCACGAUAAAGCUAUGGGAUACACAGAAGAAUUUGGUGGCAGAUAUCACUCUUGAUAACACUUUAAGCACAGCCUGUUUCCUGAAUAGUUCGGGUGAUAUUUUACUGUCUUUCAAAAAUGAUAUUUACGUCUUGUCUCACAGUAAGACACUGGGCUUAUUGAAUGCAAAUAUUGAUGCCUCUAGCAUCUCAGCAACAGAAUCCUAUAUUUUUGAAAGUCAACCUCCAGAAGAGCUAGAAAGAGAGAAAACGUACAUGUCCAAGCCGAUUGAGAUGGCAUCAUAUCUGGUACCUUACAAGGGAUAUGCCUUCACUGAAGACUUCACAUCAGACUUGUUGGUUUUACCAAAGAAGAAAGGAAAGCCAGUCUGCAGAUUACCAGUGGCUCCCUCAGCAAUCUACUGCUCUCCCUGUACCUCAGAUGUUUCUCUGAAUAUAUUUGAUUGCCUGCUCCAACCUGGAACUCCCGACUUAGAAGAACGUGAUAAAGCUGAAAUGUCCGAAAGAAUGGUUGUGACAGAUGAUAAGAAGUAUGUGCCUGGGCCAAAAUUUCCAGCACAAACUCGUUUAGAAAUACCUUUCUUUGGAGUUUCUCCAUGUUCAUCUCUUGUCUUUGAAGAGCCCAAGACAGAAACACAACCUAAGGAGCAGGUUGCUUCAACAGAGAGUGAAUUACCCAUUGUGGAGCCAGUACAGGAGAUUAUAAGUAAACAGCUGUAUUCGAUAGAAGAAACAGUCCCAGAAGCUCCAGAAGAUUCGGGAGCUGCUGAAGCUCCAGAAGAUUCGGGAGCUGCUGAAGCUCCAGAAGAUUCGGGAGCUGCAGGAGCUCCAGAAGAUUCGGGAGCUGCAGGAGCUCCAGAAGAUUCGGGAGCUGCAGGAGCUCCAGAAGAUUCGGGAGCUGCAGGAGCUCCAGAAGAUUCGGGAGCUGCAGGAGCUCCAGAAGAUUCGGGAGCUGCAGGAGCUCCAGAAGAUUCGGGAGCUGCAGGAGCUCCAGAUUCAAAGCAAGCGACUACCCAAAAUUUGAAGGGAAAAAGGAGCCUAGAGUGCUUAGAUUUAAUUCCACACAUAGAUUCUUUAAUAUAUGAAACAACCAAAGGAAGAUAUUUGAGCAAAUACAGACUAUUUGACCAUGUAAAGGAACCCAAGAAGCUCAUGCCCAAGAAGCUCCUGAAAAUAGGAAGGUUGAGUCUCAAAACGAUGCGGACACCCAAACAUACAAAAAAAAGUUUGCUUGCAAAGAGUGCUAUGAGAUCUAGAGACCACACAUACGCCUCAUGUCCCCAAUCAGCUAUUUCUGUUGGUAAGAUCAUAUGUAGGGAAGACAAGAAUAAAAAUAAAAAUGAAGAAGUAAUAUUUCACAGUACAUUUGGGGAAGACAUUGGUUUAAAAACAGAAGUUGGAAUUCACCAUCGUACUAAUUUGAUUGUUCUGUCAGCACAAGCAUUUUUGCUUGCCCCCCUUAUCCCCACCCUAUUUUCUCUCUCUCUCUUUGUAACAGGACAAAAACAAUCCCCUGCCCUUGGGACUGAGGGUUUGGUACUUGCUGACAAAAGGCCCCAUCCAAGAAAGAAGACCGUCCCACCGGAAAAUGAAGGUUAUGAGAGCUCUUAUGAAAGAGAUAUUGUAAGGGUGGUGGCCUGGAGGAGGAAACAAAAUGAACGAAUUCGCCAAGCAGAGGAGCGGCGCCUGAUACAAGAACUUGCGAAAAGGUCGUGUUCCCGGAACCACUGUUUCACACCUAGCAACUCCCAGCAGUAUCAAAAUCUACAAUCAUCUGAUAACUUCCCUGAAAGUUUAUACACCUGGAUGAAGCCUUACAGGCAACACCCUGGCCGUCCAUACACAGUGAUGGAAGAGACAACAAUCAAUCUCCCUAGAGAUUUCCCUUACAGGCUGGCCUGGGGAACAUCAACCACUCAAGAUGUAGACAUAAAAUUGUAUCAUCCCAAAGUGAAGUUCGAUAAGGAACACAAAAUAAACAGCCUGCAUGUAGAGAAGAAUUUGCAGCCAACUCAAUCAAUCCCAGCCAGAGGGAGAUUCAUCUUAGUGAAUGACCCAGUUGGAGUACCUUCUACUCCUCCUUUGAGCCCACUGGAGAGCAGGUUACUCAGUGCUCGUUUCCCUAAACAGAAAGAAAAGAUUCUGAAUUCUCUCUGCACAAAUGUAUAGGAACCAUUCUAGGCUUUGCUUUUAUUUUCAGCAGCUUUGUCUUAGUGAAUGAGAUGCCUUCAUCAUCUGCUCCUUCUAUAGGUCCAUUGCGCAUAGCUUUCUUCAUUCUUUUCUCCCAAACUUGUGGGCACAGUGCUGUCUCGUUUCAUAUUGUUUGAACUGGUCUCCAAUGUUGGUUAGCCAAGUAAUAACACCAUAUUCCAACCCUCAGUUAAUUUUGCAGUAUUAAUUAUUUUUAUGAUGGCCUGUUUGUUGCUCUUAAUUGAGUCUUACUUGGAUAGUUCAUAAAUUAUUUUCCUCAGCACCAAGCACUAUUUAGUAAAUAAGUACUAAUGGCCAAAUGGAAAACUGCUUAUAUGAAUUACUAAUCGAGUUAAAAGCCAGAGAUCUGAUUUGUGCAAAUGUCCAUAGCCUACGGUUGUGAGAAUUUUUUUUUCCCUGAUAGAAUGAAGUACUACACUUUCGUUGAUGUCAGCCUCAUUUGGGCUUUGGGUGAAACUUCCAGUCCUUCCUUAAAAACUACACACAAUCUUGUUCUCUUUCUUCCACUCAUCUUCAUGCAAGAAAUAGAAUUAGCUCCUUGCAAGGGGCAUUACAGGAAGCACUGUAAGUCUCACCCAAAGUUCAAAUGAGUUGUUUUUGAUUUGCAAGUAGACUUUGAGCAACUAUUGACAUGUCUACCACUGUCACCACCACAUCUUUUUGGGCUAUCCACUUGGCAACCUGGUGAUCCCUUCAAGUAGAUGCUGUUUCUCCUUCUUGAAGACAAAUUGGUGUAACUGCAUGAAGAAUCCUUGUUUCUCCUGAUAAAUUAUGAUGUGUAACAUCAUUCAGAAUUGAUUCAUCCAUGUCGAUACUAAUGGAGAUAGUUACCUUAUGAAGAUUCUUCUGACUCAAAAAUAGUUUGGAACGUCAGCUGUCACACUACUCAAGUCUACCUAAUUGGAUUUCCUUCCCUUUGCAAUCCUGAUUUUGAGGGAGCAUUAAGACCACUGGGUUCUGACUCUUAAGACACCUUAAUAUAUGCUCAUUGAAGUGGUACAAAGAUGGUGUAGCUUGCAAGUUUCAGAAAGACCACAGAACUCAUAUAGUUAACCCAAUGUUUAGCUAUUGAAGCUACUAUAUCUAAUAACUGAUGCAGGAAUAAAAGUAUAGGUAACAGUAACAGGACUUAGAAACUAUGGUUUGUCCUAAGCAAGUUUCUUUGCUAUUUCCUGCUUCCUUUUAUUGGUUGCCUUCAUUCAGUUGCCCUUAUUCCCAGCUGUCUCAAAGUUGCCUAAAGAAUCACCAGAGAAAGUCAGUAUAAUUUUGCUAAAUAAAAAAAUGAGAUGUAUGUUUAAAAGCUUUGAUCAGUAUUUGUCUUUUCUGUGUGCAAGAUCAUGUUUUUCAGUUGUACUCUAAGCAUUUGGCUAGUCUUUGAGCUCUCUUCCAGAUACAGUUCAAUAUGUCUGGUUGCUAUAUAUCAGGCACGUCCAACAGGUA